AACCUUCGGCGGUUUCCGUUGGGGCCCGGCCGCCAUUUUCUCGCUCCCUCUUCUUGCUCUCUACCUGCGCGGCUCCCUGCCCUGGUCGCCAGCGCUUUGUCCUGUUCGGCGAUGGACGGCAUUGUCACUGAUGUUGCAGUUGGUGUGAAGAGAGGAUCUGACGAACUUCUUUCAGGCAGUGUACUCAGUAGCCCAAACUCUAACAUGAGCAGCAUGGUAGUUACCGCCAAUGGUAACGACAACAAGAAAUUCAAAGGUGAAGAUAAAAUGGACGGGGCUCCUUCUCGUGUUCUUCAUAUCAGGAAAUUGCCAGGUGAAGUGACAGAAACAGAAGUUAUUGCGUUAGGCUUACCUUUUGGUAAGGUGACCAACAUUCUCAUGCUCAAAGGAAAGAACCAGGCUUUUUUGGAGCUAGCAACAGAAGAAGCGGCUAUCACUAUGGUUAAUUAUUAUUCUGCUGUGACGCCUCACCUUCGUAAUCAACCCAUUUAUAUCCAGUAUUCAAAUCAUAAAGAAUUAAAGACUGAUAAUACACUGAACCAGCGGGCUCAAGCUGUUCUACAGGCAGUGACUGCAGUGCAGACAACAAAUACUCCCAUAAGUGGAACCGCAGUUAGUGAAAGUGCAGUAACUCCGGCUCAGAGCCCUGUCCUUAGAAUAAUUAUUGACAAUAUGUACUACCCCGUAACCCUUGAUGUUCUCCACCAAAUAUUUUCUAAAUUUGGUGCAGUUUUGAAAAUAAUCACAUUCACAAAGAAUAACCAGUUUCAAGCACUGCUACAGUAUGGAGAUCCAGUAAAUGCUCAACAAGCAAAACUAGCAUUAGAUGGUCAGAAUAUUUAUAAUGCUUGUUGUACUUUACGGAUUGACUUUUCCAAAUUGGUCAACUUGAAUGUAAAGUACAAUAAUGAUAAAAGUAGGGAUUACACUCGUCCUGACCUUCCCUCUGGUGAUGGCCAACCUGCUCUGGACCCAGCUAUUGCAGCGGCAUUUGCAAAGGAGACCUCGCUUCUAGGGCUUCCUGUUGCAGCUGUUCCAGGAGCGCUGAGUCCAUUGGGUAUUCCAAAUGCUGCUGCCGCAGCAGCGGCAGCAGCCGCUGGCCGUGUUGGUAUGCCUGGAGUCUCAGCUGGUGGCAAUACAGUCCUCCUGGUUAGCAACUUAAAUGAAGAGAUGGUUACGCCCCAAAGUCUGUUUACCCUCUUCGGUGUUUAUGGGGAUGUACAGCGUGUGAAGAUUUUAUACAAUAAGAAAGACAGUGCUCUUAUUCAGAUGGCCGAUGGAAAUCAGUCACAGCUAGCCAUGAGUCAUCUUAAUGGGCAGAAAAUGUAUGGAAAGAUUAUUCGUGUUACUCUUUCUAAACAUCAGACAGUACAGUUACCUCGAGAAGGACUUGAUGACCAAGGGCUAACUAAAGAUUUUGGCAAUUCACCUCUUCAUCGUUUCAAGAAACCUGGCUCAAAAAAUUUUCAGAAUAUCUUUCCUCCAUCUGCAACUCUUCACUUAUCUAAUAUUCCACCAUCAGUGUCAGAAGAUGACCUGCGUACACUGUUUGCUAAUACUGGCGGCACUGUGAAAGCAUUUAAAUUUUUUCAAAGAGAUCACAAGAUGGCUCUUCUUCAGAUGUCAACAGUAGAAGAAGCUAUCCAGGCUUUGAUUGAUCUGCAUAAUUACAAUCUUGGAGAAAAUCAUCAUCUGAGAGUUUCUUUUUCCAAAUCAACCAUUUGAAGCUAAAAAGAUCAAAAUGAUAAGGUUGUAUCACGUUGUUUAGUGUUGUCAUCUAUGGCUGUUCAGGAAAGCGGGGACCAGAGAUGGACAUCUGUUUUUCAUGCUGUUACCAUUCCUUGAUUGUUUAUGUAUAAAAAGAAAACAAAAAAGGAUUUAUAUGGAAGAAGUAGUGGUAUUACCUGCUGGUUUUGCAUAUGUUUAUGAAACCAUUUUGUUCAUAAGGGAUUCCAAGGUGAUCCCAUAGUUUUUCAACUUAGUUAACAUACGUGCCUUAAAAAAGGAAAACCUAGAGUUGCUAGAGUUGCAUUUACUAGUUAAAAAUUUGGUUGUCUGGGGCACAUUGUUACAUGGGAAUUAGUGGGUACAAUCCAGUUAGUGUUAGGUGUGCCUCCAUCCCAUUGAAAUCCGUAGCAUUAAAGCAUUUAUGUUCACUAUUGAUUUCAGAGGGACCUUGUUACACCUAACCUUUGUGGAUUUAUGCCGAAUGUAUAUUAGGCAGGAGUGUGUAAAAAGGGUUAAGCUUUGUUUCUCCUGCUUGGAAUUGAUUGGCUUUAUGUGAGUCAUAUUUUUUUUAUAUAUAUGUUGCAUUACUUCAUGAAAAAUGCAACUCAUUUGACUUGUGCUAAUCCUCCCCCUUUUUUAAAAAAAUAAAUAAAAAUGGCCUUGUAUA